GAGAGACAUUGUGAAUGGAUGUGCCACAGCUGGUGAUGUCAAAGGUCACUCUAGACGUGCCAGGACGACCGAGGGGGAACGCUUCAGCUUCAUCAAGAAAGACUUCCAACAUCACACGGGCUCCAGACAACAUGGGACAAAAACACGAGAGUUUAUCAGUAGGAACUUGAACCCAGUAGUGCCUAGCAUCGAACGGUUAACGUAAGAGACCAAUUCUCGGGAAUGCAGUAGUAGGACAACAACAACAACAGUAAGACUUCGGUUACAGCAGCACUGCACACUACUGUGGUCCAGACAUGAGCGACGUGUCGUCCUUGUGGACAGGGCUACCAGACAUUGCCCUACUGGAGGUGUUCUCUUGCCUGGCCACGCCCCAGGACAGGUGGAACGCCUCUCUCGUCUGCAAACACUGGAGCAGAUUCUUCGGUCACCCCAAGAUUUGGGAAGAUGUAGAACUGAACAGUGACAGGUCUGAUGAUCUGACAGUAGCGAGCAUCAGACGCUUCGGUGCCCACUUCAGGAGGGUCAAGGUGUACAAUUCAACCUUCUUCUUUGGUGUAAGAGAUAUCCUUAGGGAAAUAGCACAGAGGUGUGAGAAAGUGGAGGUGUUCAUUCUUGAGCCGACCUACCGGACCCACGAGCCAAUAUACCUGGGUAUCAUGGCAGAGUUUAUGGUUACAUUCAACAAGCUGCAUGAUCUGAGGGAAGUUCGCCUGCCUUUCCUUCAGACAACAGGAACUGACAGCUAUAACCCUCUGAAAUCUAUCGGCACCAAUUCAGCUCAAACUCUGUCUGUGUUAGAUGUGACAGAGUUCACCCGUUACCCUCGUCCUCUCAGCACUAUUCUCAAGUUGAAACACAUCAGAUCUCUGGGCAUCAGCUACCAGAACCUGACAGAAGACAUUCUCCUUGCCAUGAAAGAGCACAGAACGUUGCAGGAUUUGACAAUAGUCAGGUCACAUGCCAAGCCGCUGUGCGGGAGUGGAACAACACUGCCUGGGAGUAUCUGGCAGGAUUUACAAUAUGAACUGCCAGACCUCAGGGUUCACCUGGUUCUGACAGAAGAGGCACCCCUGUCCUGUCCCAAAGGAAUUCCUGCCAUCUCAUAUGCAGUUGCUGACCACAAUAACCCAAAUUCUGUCCAGUUGAACCGUUUGGUGUCCAAACUCAUUCUGACAUAUUCUGAGACGUUGCAGAACUUUGUCAUUAAGGCAGACAACUCCUUCUAUUGGGACCUGCAGCUAGCCCAGCUGGCCCGCAGGUGCUCCAACAUGCGUGUUGUCAUAGUGGAUGGAACUGUUACCUUGGAGGCACUCGUUCAAGCCUGUAGACAGUGGGACAAACUGGAGCUGCUAUACGUGAAACAGAGCAAGGUUACAUCAAAUGGGGAGAGCAUGGAUCAGGUGGACAGGGAACCACUACAGCAGGAAGAACUGUCCAAAAUACUGGGGUAUCCAUGGCAGCCGCUUGGAGACCAGGAGUUUUUCCAGAAAACAAAAAACUUUCUGAGUAACACCAUGACAACUGCUGUACUACGGAGAGCUCCUCCCAAAGUCUAUGACAAAGGAUAUAGAUAUUAGAACUCUGGUCUUUUUAUGCUAGAUUUUAGAUUGUGGGCUGCAGUUAAGAAGUAAUGUAAAAACUAGUAGUUACUUUGGGGCUUCUGUUUUUGAAAGUUGCCGCCACUGGUUGUUGCACUGUGUUCAAUAGAGAUUACAUUUACUAUUUAGAAGAAUUUGAAAACUUGCCCCACAGGAAGGUCAGGUUAAGGCAAGUGAUAGGGUGCCACUUCUUUAAGUGCCAACAAUAGAUUUUACAAUCAUGUGUGAAACUAAAGGCAGGAGUUUACACAUCCAGAAUCUCUAUUUUAGGGAGCAGCAAAAGUUAGCUUGUGUUUACCAGUACAAAUUCACAUGACUGUUCACCUGACUUUUAUGGAAUUUGAUAUGCACACCACUUGUUAAAUAACAGAACAGUAAAAUGCAAUAUAGACCAUUAAAAUGUGUAACUAUGUGAAAUCAAAGAGGUUGAGGUUCAACCUCCUUGGUGAAAUGAAAGAUAAAUAAUGACAACAGAAUUUCUUUAUUUACAGUUAAACAGUGUGCAACCAAAGAGGAAACACAUCAUAUAUAUGUAGACUUUUCUUUUCCUCUUCAGACUUAUCUUUGUUAUGGAACUGGAAACAUUCAAUACAAAGUAGAGGCUGGCACUGCACAAUUAACUACGGACCUAUGUGCUGUAUAUGUACAGAAUGUAUGGCAAAAUGGAAAUCAAUUGUAUUACUAUAUUUCUCUUUCACACUGAGUCAUGUUUCUAUUUGUGCUUCAGUAUGCUUCAUAUAUUGAUUUGUAUUUUCUCUUCAUUGUGGAAGCUUCUCCUCCCAUAUCUGGUAAGACUAGAUAGCAAUAAAGGCGUCAC